AUUCGGCUAUAUGGCAACAGCAUCAACAUGAAAGAUAUGGACUAGGACAAUAAAUUAAGCAACGAUAACAGAAGAACAAUGUCGUUCAUUGAUGGAUUAUUUGGGAAAAGUAAAAAGAGCCAGGAUUUCGACGCCAUAAAGGAGGAAUAUGGGGAGGAGAAACAAGAUCAGAAGAAGGACUCUGGUGAUGACGAUGACAGCGUGAGGAAUGAAGAUGUAAAUGAUGAUGAUGAAGACUUUGAUGACAUUCUUGGAGACUCUGAUGAGGAACGAGAACAGGCGUGGCAGCCUGUCCGUAUCCGCCGCGCCAGGCCACCUCAUCCCCUCACCAUCACCCAUGUCAACCAGACCAGGGACCUGCUGCGUAUGGCUGACGUUCAGGCAAGGGUCAACUCUGAGAAGCAGAAUUCGCAGGAAUGGCUUAAAGUGCAUGGCGUGGAAUACCUGAAACUUACCCUCAAACAGCUUAUUGAUAAGGGCAAAGUUGGGAAAUUAUCACCAGAGAAGCAGACAGGGAAGGUGAAUCACCACAUCCAGUUUGAUGCCUACGAUGUCAAUGAGUUCGAGUACAAACUUAACAUGGCCAUAGAGAUUUACACGAAAAGAAUCAAAUGGUUACUUCAAGGCAGCAAAAGGAUGUUUGGCCAUAUACAAGGGGAGCGAGUAGCUGUGUGUUUGGAUGUAUCAAAUGCCAACAUGGGCUUCGGACGUCAAGCAGCAUUCCAGGAAUCACUUAUGCAUUUCCUGGAUGAACAACUGUCACAGAAAGAGAGCCUGUACCUACUGGAGUUCGGAACAGAGAUCGAACCCCUGUGGCCGGUCAUGAGAGAUGUCAAUCGGAGAAUUAUUGAGGAGGGGAAGGAGUGGGUGGAACGGCUGGAGCCAAAGGGAGGAACUAACCUGCUCAAGGCCAUGAAGCACGUCAUGAAGCUGCAAGAUGUUGAUGCAGUCGUUCUCAUCCUUGGCAGUGUCCCUGACCAGUCGACAGAGAUCCUGUGUGACUACAUCCAGCAGCUGACUGCUGGCCGCGACAUCCCGCUCCAUGGAGUGUCCUAUGACUGCAGCAAUGAACUCACCAGUAUAACACUACGUAGUAUAGCUGCAGCAUCUCAGGGCAGUUACCACUGCUACACUUCCAGUUGUGAGGAGAAGAUCUACACGGGGACGGACAUCAGCCUGCUGCUGAAGGAGAUACAGAAGGCACAGGAUGUCAUCAACAAGAUCAAGGAGAUGAGGCAGGGCAUGAUGGGAAGUGCUCUCAUCAGCAUCAUGAAUGAGAUCAGCAACGAGGUACAGAAACUGCCUCAGUCCCGCUUCCUGCCACGCCCUCCAGGCCAUGAGUUACCACUCAGACUGGACAUGCCCAAAUUCCAGCCCCGAUCAUCCGUUGACUGGCUUGCUCAACAUGGCCUCAAAGCGAAACGUCUGGACUUGUACCAGGUGCUGGCUCCCAACGCCUACUCGUACCGGGAGGAGUUCAUCCCAAUCAUAAAGAAGGCUGUGCAAUCACAAGUCCAUGAGAAAGCAAUGGUUCAGUUCACAUGGCAUGAUGGCUCUGUGAAGAACAUCCGAGAACAUUUAUUAAAGACUUCUGUUGACAUGACGCAACUGUUUGAGUACCAGAAGCAGCUGAAGGACAGUGAACUCGCUAUCUGGCGUACUAAUGAUUAUUACCGCAUCGACUGGCUGGCGCACAGUCCGGGGAGCAGGAGACUGCUGGGUGUGUUUGUUGUUCCAAGUGUGGUGUACCUGAUCGACACGUCCGUCUCCAACGUCAACUACCUGAUUCACAUCCAGCAUACACUGCGUCUUGUCAUGGAGCAGCAGAUGGCCAACAAGGACUACUUCAACAUUAUCGCAUUUGGGAGUGAUGCUCGUCGCUGGAAGCCCACCAUGGUGAAACCCACUGCCCUCAACCUUCAGGAUGCAUGGAAUUGGGUGUUGGAACUGCAGUGUGGUGGCAGUCGGAACUUCAUGUCCGCUUUCCGGAUGGCGGUAGAGAAUGAGGAGGAAGACAAGCAUGGCGUCCGUGUGCAGGGCAUGUAUUUAUUUACUAGUGGUGUGCCAGACCAGCAGGGAGCAGUUGUCUCCUCUUUCAUAGAGGAAUCUACCAUUGGACGGGACUUCAGAUUACACAGCAUCCUGUUCAAUGUUGAUGAUUAUGAUGUGAAUGGGGCCAUCCCAGGUCGCUAUGCCAACAUCACUCGCACUGCGGAAUGUCUACGGACAAUGGCACAUUGCAGCAGAGGUCGCUUCCACUGGUUCAGGGAAACAGGCAUCAUAGAGAGUGAUGAUAUUCAGCUUGUCAACUCCGAGGUGGACAAAGCACUCAACUUCUCCCGUAAAUGUGCCAUGCUGGUGGACAAUGUCAAGAAGAAGUACAGAAACAGAUUUCAACAUCCAUACAUGGAGCAGAUCAAGGCUUUGGCCCCACCAGACUCGGACUACUAUACUGGAGAGUACAGCAUCAAGGCUCUCCCUCCUCCUCCACCCAGACCCUCCUCCUCCCGGCCCAGGACUAGACAGAUUACCGAGGGUCAGAAGGAGAGCUGGGAGGCGUCGCCCAGCACCAGCCAGGCCUCCCCCAGCACCACCAGGGCCAUCAAAUGGCGCCCCACAAGUGCAUCAAGCGCCAGGGAGGUUCGCUCAACACCCAGAUCAAUGCGAGACCGCCCCAUGUCGGCCAAAGAUCCCCUGCAGAGAGUGAAGACGGCACCCCGUAAGAUACAGACUGCCUCCUUUUUCUUGGACACCAAGCAUGACAUGGGUACUGUGUACACCAAGUAUCAGAACACAAAGAUUCAAAGGAAAAACAUUGGUCGGACCCAGAUUCCUGAAAAUGAGGAUGCCAUCUCAUCUAAGGAGUGGCUGCGAUUAUUUGGGCUUGGGAAACUGAAGCUGGACCUUGCCAAGAUGGUGUCAGGCCCUGACUGUAAACACAAAGAGAAAUCUGUCAAGUCACUUCACAAGAAUGUAUCAGCAAAAUACUGUGACAUCUUCCCCUCCAUCAACAUCAAGGGCACCAUCAAGCACCUGCAACUACUGCCACACGAACUGAAGGACUACGAGGAGCAGCUGGAGAAGGUCCUGAGGCGGUACAUCAAACGUCUACAGUGGCUUCUCAGUGGUAGCCGGCGUGUGUUUGGGUCGGUCAUCGAGAAGCGUUGUGUGGUGCUGAUCGACACCUCGGGCUCCAUGAAUCCCUUCAUGGAUGAACUGAAGAAGGAGAUGGCCGCUCUCAUCUGGGAACAGCUGCAUCGGCUCAGGAUCAAAUUCAACCUGAUCAGUUUUUCUGGGACGUGUUCCAAGUGGAAGAGCUGCAUCCAGGAACCUACAGAAGAGAACUGCCAUGAUGCAGUCAAGUGGACAUCCAAACUGGUUGCCGAGGGCAACACAUGUACCCUGGAAGCCCUCCAGCUGGCGUUCUGUGACCCUGACAUUGACUCUGUGUACCUGUUGACUGAUGGGAAACCUGACACCAGUACAGCUCUGGUGCUGAAGGAGGUCGGACGAAUGAACUCAGAUCGGCAAAUCACAGUCAACACCAUCUCCUUCAAGUGCUCAGACAGCACAGCCAACAGCUUCCUUCACCUCCUGGCCACAGAGACUAGCGGCCGGUACCACAGAUGUCACGAAGACUUCGAUGCACAUUUAUUUGCUCACAAACUUCUGUCCGAGGGUUUUCAAGAUGCAGAGUACCCCCACCUCCCAAAGUUUGAGGGAGAUGACUUGCGACGGCUCGCUAACGAGAUCGCCACGGCCAGGAAAUACCUAGCACAGGGCAAAACAUUCAGAGCUUUGUACAGUGCCAAGGCAGCAGGUUCAGAGAAAUCCAGUGAAAAAAUCACGGCCUCCACUCCCUUCCUGGCGGGCCGCCCUCGAAGUGCUGCCAGAUAGGACACGCCACACUAACAACGUCAAUGGUGCAUCAGCAUUUUACACGGAUCACUCACCAGUCAGUUACCUAGUUACACUCUUGUUGCUAUGGAAGUCAUUUCCAUUGACAUAACCUGGUUGCUAUAGUAAUCCUGUUUGCAAAGGCCCAGUGAUAUAAAGAGCCAUUGUGACGUCACCAGGAUGAAACUUUGGUGAAAGAUCCUUACAGAGCAAUGGUGACAACAGGAACAGUUUUGUAGUUACAUUUCAGGAACAUUUUAAGUUAUGCUUUUAUAUCCGUUUAUUUUGAUUUGAAGGCUCUCAUGGCUGUGAAUUUGUAUAUAAUUCAUGUACAACAUUUGAAUUUAGGAACAUUUGUUUGAUGGCGAAUACAGAUACUGCAAUUAAUAUUUGUAUAGAAUAACUAAAUACUAUACUCCAUAUUAUGUACAGAUGAAAAUGAUAUUUUUGACAUUUUAGUGUAAAUCUUACCAUUUAUUGUACAUAGAGUGUAUAUUAUAUUGGUGUUUGAGGGGCAGGUAACUCCCGAUGACCUCAGAUGAACAGAUUUUUUUAAGGUCCUGUUACUUGCAGAGUCUAAGAUUAUACUAGUGAGCAUAUAUAUAAACAUGCAACUUUGUGGGUAAGAACUUCUGGUGUAUUGUAUGUAGUUUUGUUUUGAUGUAGAUUCUCACAUUAUCAAGCUGAAGGGACCGAGUGAUGUGAUCUACAAAAACGUGACAUGUUGAGAUAAACAGCAGUAAAUAAAGAGUCGUUUUCAUCUUCGUCCAGCCAAGCAAACAACCCCCUGUCCAUUUCAUCAAUUCACUUAGGGAAACAUUUUUAUUUCAUUAUGAAAUGCAUUGUGCCGGAAUGACAACACAAUUGUAAUUUAACUCUCUAUUUAUUAUACCAUAUACAGAAAUACAAUACUUUUGGGGAUAACAACAUACUCAUCAUUUUGUGAACGGAAUAUUUUUGUGUUAUUUGACCCCAUAUUGACACACAAUGGAAACAAAAUACAUGUAUUAACUUAACAUGAAAGAGCUUCUUGUGACUCUGACCCGAUUGCCUGCCUUCUGUUACUGCCUUGACUCAAGUGCACUUCUAGUUGCUGUCUAUAAUCAAGUCAUUAUUUGCAGACUGUCAGCAGAGUAGACAGUAGACAUUUUGAUACUGUCAGGUAAGGUGAUACUGCAAUGCAAACCCUCCGCAAUGAGGGAAUACUUGUUAAACUGUUAGUUGUUGAUGUCUAUCUAUAUAGAUGAGAGCUAAUAAAAGCUUGAAACUUG